AUGGUACAUGAAAUCGGAUGUUGUUAUGUCUUGGUCACAUUUCAGUUAACUGAGCAUCAGAAUACUAGCAGUUUAGUUAACCUCAAGAGACAGUUUCACUUUACAAGUGACUGUACACCAAAGAAGGAAUCUGAUGCUACAAAUGGGAAACCAGCUAGAGCAGAUCAGGAUUCUGUCUUAACCCUUUCACCUUCAAGAGGCCAGCAGAUAGAAGGGGGAGAGGGUGAUGUCUCCAGUGAUUUUGACCUAUCAGCAUCAAGUGACCUUGGCCACGAGAGUGGUAUUCACCCUUUGCCUAUUUGUCCGUCCAGGGAAAAUAGCCUUGAUGACAUUAAAGAAGAGAUGUCCAGUGAUAUCAAGUCCUCAGACCUCUCCAGCAUCAGUACAAGCUCACCCAAACAAUCAGCUGAAAAUAGAGGGGAACCCAGGUUCAUGGCGGUGCCUCACUCACCAGUCACGCCCACUGGGAACCAGGAGAUGCACAUAAAAGAGGAUUUGGACUCCAAAAUGUUUGUAAGUCCCAAUGAAAAUGUACAGGCAGAGAUGAAUUCUGAGAUCAGUACUUGCAAGCAGGUCAAUUCUGUAAAAGAAGCACAUAUCUUGAGAAAACGUAUUCGCACAUCUACUGAAUGUAGUGAUGUUGUCAUUGAUGACCAAUCUGCUGAGGAAUCUGAUGCUGAAGAUGUCUUUGAAGGCCUUGAGACUCAAUCAGUUAUGACACAAAAGGAGAGUGAAAUACCAAACAAAUUCCAUCCAAGGCUGCAGGCACUAUCUCAGCUCACCAAUCAUAUGUCUCCAGUGGGCAAUCCAAGCAUGAUUGCAAUUACUGGAGGACACUUUGCAACAGACAUUGCCACAAGUUCUCCCAUUCCUCCAAAGGUUAGUGGGAAAUGUCAAGAAUUGCAGGAAUGUACGAUACCUGCGCCUGAACCUAGGAGGUCUUCCACUGAUAGUGAUGAAGGUUCAAACAGUGUUACAGGUAAUUCCUGUGGUGUAUCUAAGAUUGGAGACUUUCCUCCCUGUUUACAAGGUGAUUCUAGUGCCUUUGGUCCAAAGGAAAGCACACGACUAGAAGAUUGCAGCAGCCUGAAAGAGGAAACACACUUUUCGAGCAUCAACUCAAAUGGUGGUAAUUUUAAGGUCCCAUCACAAGCCAGAGGCAUCAAACGACCCUUGGGUUUCAGCAGCGGAAGUCCUCCAUCAGCUUCAGGGAAAGUUGCACAGAGUACAGGAUUAACAGGAACUUUUGGUGUCUUGCAAGUGACCAGUCAAACACCAAAGAGAAGAGACAUGAAGAAGAGUCCCUGGACUGAGUUUACAGAUAAGGGUCUUCAGAAACAAGAGAGUGAAAGUAGAAUAUUGUUCAAUUGUGGUGAAAGCAAACAGAAAAUGGAUAUUGGAAACAUCAGCCAGUCAAACACAAGCAAGGGUAAUAAGAUGCUUGUAAAAGAAGAAAAGGCUGACAAGAAUACUAAGUUAGUGAGAUGGUAUAGCGAGAGUGACAUGAACUGUGAAAUAGGAGAGAAGGACAGUCUCCUCCAAGAUAAUGGCCCGGUCACACCCGAAAGCAUUUCUUCCAUCAAGCAGCAAAAGCAACAUUUCCAAAGCUAUCACACUCCAGCCAGGAUGCAUAGUGUCCCAGGAACACCAGUCCAGGGCAUGGGACAGACCCCACUCCGAGCCCCCAAGAGCGUUCGUAGAGGAACCCAGCCCCCCAUUGCCUCAGAAUCACGCAUCCUGGGUACACCCGACUACCUGGCCCCAGAACUCUUGCUGAGGCUUGGCCACGGGCCGGCAGUGGACUGGUGGGCUUUAGGGGUGUGUCUGUUUGAGUUCAUGACUGGCAUUCCUCCUUUCAACGAUGAAUCUCCCGAGGCUGUGUUUCAUAACAUACUUCAGCGUGAUAUUCCUUGGCCUGAAGACGAAGAAUCUUUAUCACCUUUUGCUGUAGAGAUGAUUGACAAGCUCUUGGCAUAUGACCCCAAAGUAAGAGCAGACUUUGAAUACUUGAGGUCAAACCCAAUGUAUGCUGGGGUUAACUGGUCAGAUUUGCGUAACAUGGAUGCUCCGUUUGUGCCCCAGCCAGAUGAUGCAAUGGACACCACGUAUUUCGAAGCUCGAAAUAACAUCCAGCACCUGACAGUCUCCAAUUUCGACCUGUGAAUAGAUGGCUCACCGUUUGCGGAUGCUGGUGAGGAGGAACAGCUGGUAUACGAUGAGCAUGGACAUUCCUGCUUAGGCAACUGAAGAGUACAACAUCAAUUUAGCAUUCCUUAUAUAAUAUUAAGUUUGACAGAUCAGCCAGAUUAUGUAACAGGUCAUUUAUUUCUUUGACUGGAAAAUGCAUAACCGGUGAAAGAUGUAUUUCAGAGGGAAAAUAUUUGAGACAUAUUCUGAUUGUCUUGUCAGGUGCUUUUGGAAAUUACACUUGAUAAUAUGAGCCAAUUUUAUACACUGUAGAUCUGCCCUUUUCCCGUGUUUUAUUUUGAAGACAUUUUAAUUAUCACAUUUUUAAGGAAAGACUAGAUAAUUUUCGUGUUUGUUGUGUAGUGCAUUUAUUAUUUCAUGUAUAGCCCACCUUUUCGAGCCUGUAGUUUAUGCACAUCACUAAUGUUAGUGAAGUCGAAUUAUCUAAUUUUAUAUAUAAUGGAGUAAAUGCUAUAUAUUUUUUUAUAAGUAAUAGCAUUAGUAUUUUAGUAUAUUAUGGAUUUAUGUUAUGUGUUUGUUUGCCAAUUUAUUGUUUGUGUCAUUGUGCCAAGGUAUGCAUGUGUUUCAAAAUAUAGUUUGUGUGCUUGUUAUGUAUUAAUAGAGAUGGUUCUGUAGUUGUUAGACUUGUAGUCUAGUCAGAAUAAGACUCCUACAGUGAAAAAAAAAAAAAUUAAACUUGGGAUUUACAAGAGCCUCAGUAUUAUAAUUUUGGGACACUAAAAGUUGCUGAGCGUGAGCAUUCUUAGUCCUUCUACAUAGAGAACCUGAAGACUCCUUAGCGAUAAAUGUGAAGAUACACACUGUUAAGAUGUAUCCCUCAGCUCUUUGGUGUAAUUUGCUGAAACCGAAGACGUGAGGCAAACGAAGAUGUACCUUAGGUUUCCAAUGGUGCUUUGAAAUGACUGGAAGCAUUGAAAAGGACAGGUGAACUCUUAUCUUUAUAGUAGAUGAUAUUAUUUACGUAUAUACUAAAUAUGAUUUAUUUUUUCUUUUGUUCUUUCUCUCUCGUUUUUUUUUUUUUUUCUUUCUUUUUUUUUUCCAAAUGUUUUAUGGUUCAGUAAGGAAUUCAGAAAGCUGAAAUAUUGUCAAAAUAAUAACUUAAUAUCCAAAUUGCUUGCACCCACUUUGUAAAGCUUGGUUGUAAUUAUUAGUAAAGUUAUAGCAGAUGACUUUAAUACUAGUUGGGUUAUACAUAUGUGGAGUUAUGAGUUGUGAUUCCCCAGCUACUCCCCCUCUCC